GCAUCUAGCUCAUACAUGACCGAGCGGAUUAACGGACGGUCGCUGGAGGAGGCGGAAAACACCAAGAACACGGAGAUAGCGAAGGAGCUGUGCCUACCGCCUGUGAAGCUCCAUUGCUCGAUGCUCGCAGAAAGUGCUAUCAGGUCCGCCAUCCGUGAGCACCGGUCAAAGCGCACGAAGACGUCCAACCCGAAGCAGGCUGGGGACAUCGACGUGUCUCGC